AUGGAGUCUAUAGAUGAGAUUGCGCAAGGCAUCUCUAAUGCUUUGGCGAUUUCAGAAGAGGAGGCCAUUGAGAUUGUGAGUUUGGAAGAUCAGGACAGUUCUCGAGCCGAGCGAUUCUUACUGGUGGGUCGUUUGCUCACGCCAAAGGUCUUUCGUCGGGAUUCCUUGGUUGGGACCACGAAGUCGAUUUGGCAUACGCGUGAAGGGUUUACAGUCGUGCCUCUUAAUGACCCUCAAUGUAUGCUCUUCUCUUUCCAGAAUGAUUUCGAUCGACGCAAAGUAAUGAGGGGUGCUCCAUGUACUUUUGACAGAUCUCUUUUGGUUUUGGCUUUCACCGAUGGAAGAUGA